AUGCAUAUUGCUUCGCACGCCAUGCCUGAUGAAUCAGGACAAAUGGCACAUAGAAUAUUAAGAGAUGUUGAAGCUGAUGGCUGGGAACGCUCUGACUUCCCAAUCAUAUGUGAAUCAUGCCUAGGUGACAAUCCUUACAUUCGAAUGACAAAAGCAAAUUAUGAUAAGGAAUGCAAAAUCUGCACAAGACCCUUCACAGUCUUCAGAUGGAGACCUGAUCUUGAAUACGGUUUGCCAGUUCAAGUUCGUGAUACUGCAUUAAGUAUCAACUCAAAUGAUUCAAUUCCAAAGAGUGAUGUAAAUAGGGACUACUUUGCAGAAGAACAUGAUCUUAGGGCUAGAGCGGGUUUGGAUUAUGAGUCUUCAUAUGGGAAGGAAAGGCCAAAUGAUACUAUUUUGAAACUUCAAAGGACAACACCAUAUUAUAAGAGAAACCGAGCACAUAUUUGCAGUUUCUUUAUUCGGGGUGAAUGUACAAGAGGUGCUGAAUGCCCUUACAGACAUGAGAUGCCUGAAACUGGCGAGUUAUCUCAGCAGAAUAUCAAAGACCGUUACUACGGAGUUAAUGAUCCGGUUGCAUUAAAACUACUAAACAAAGCCGGUGAAAUGCCGUCACUCGAACCCCCAGAAGACGAAAGCAUUCGAACACUAUACAUAGGCGGCCUUGAUGCAAGAGUCACCGAGCAAGACCUCCGGGACAAUUUCUACACACACGGUGAAAUUGAAUCCGUCAAAAUUAUCCCGCAACGCGCAUGCGCGUUUAUCACGUACACCACACGCGAAGGAGCAGAAAAUGCGGCCAAUGAACUUUCAAACAAACUUGUCAUCAAAGGCCUCCGGUUAAAACUCAUGUGGGGCCGACCACAAGCACCGAAACUAGAUGGUGGUGAAGCGGGCCCCAAUGAAGUCGGCAUGUGGAUCAUGCCGGGCUGGUACCCCGUGCGGUUGUAUCGCAGAUACAACCGCCCGGUCAGGACAACCAAAUGCCACCGCCGCAGAUGCAUUAUUUCGGACCAUCAUGGACGGGCGUUUUACCCGCCCAUGGAUCCUCAGAGGAUGGGGGCGGUGAUUCGGAGUCAAGAUGGUAGUGGGGGUAGUGGGUCGGGUGAAAACGUAAGUCAUGCUUCAAGUGGUGGUGGUCCACAGUAUGCUGCAUACCCGCCACCACCGCCUCCUCCUCAAGGUGGUGGUGGUGGACGAUAUUAUCAGCAGUAUUAUCCACCACCACCGGUUCCGGGACCAUAUCAACAAUACCCUCCACAGUCUCUUCCGUCCGCAAUGCCACCGCCAGGACAAGGUGGUGCUCCGGCGGCAUCAGGAGGGCCGCCUCCACAACAAUGAAGGCAAAAACUUUUGGUCUUAGCUGUUUCAUGAAAACAUGAAGGGAUUAUACACAUCUUUGUAAUGUUUGUAUCUCAGACUGUUGGAUAUAGAAGAGAUGUUUGUUUUUUAUUUUCUUUUUGAAGUUUUUAAAAGUUUUUACUGCAUGCUGCUUUUGAAUAUUCUCGAAACAAACAUUUUUUUAUUCUUUCUUUUUAGAGCAGUUAACCAUCAACCUCUUGACUCACAUUUCCAUUCAAUCUAAUGAUGUUUGGUCAUAAGCCUUUUGGUGUUAACUGUAUUAUGUAAG